AUGAUCGAUGUACAGUGCUUGAUUAUGUACCGCAAGAGUGUGCUGUCGUUUUCAGGCUCAUGGCUUACGGGAGUAUUAUCGAGGAGUUUCUGUUGUGCUGGCAAGAAACAGUUUAUCGAAUGCACUGUGGUUGAUGUCAGACCACUUCGAAGCCAGAUGGCAACAGAGUUGAUCGCUGAUUUUGUGUCCGGAGCAAUUUUAGGCGCAUCUAUUUCAACCAUAUUUUUUCCCAUUAAUGUCGUUAAAAAUCAUAUGCAAAGCAAGGUCGGUGUUGCAUUCGAAAACCCGUUCUCUGUCUUUUGCAAAGUUUGGCAAGAACGCCAGAAGUCUCUGAGAAUGCUGUACCUUGGGGUCCAUCUCAACUUUACUCGAUCACUACUGGCUUGGGGUAUCACGAACACCGUAUAUGAGCUGUUACGUCGGUCACUAAAGCCGUAUUAG